AUGUCAAAUCUUUCUAAACUUGAAUUUCUUGCUUUAGACAUAUCGGAAAAAGGCUAUCUAUCAUGGGUACUUGAUGUAGAAAUUCAUCUUGAUGCGAUGGAUCUGGCAGACACCAUCCAAGAAAAAAAUCAAGCAUCGAAUCAAAACCGUGCUAAGGCAAUGAUAUUUCUCCGUCAUCACCUUGACGAGGGUUUAAAAAUGGAAUAUCUCACUGUUAAAGAUCUUUUGGUGUUGUGGACUAAUUUAAAAGAUAGAUAUGACCACCUGAAGUUGGUCGUCCUUCCACAAGCACGUUAUGACUGGAUCCAUUUGAGGCUUCAAGAUUUUAAAUCUAUUAGUGAGUAUAACUCUUUCAUGUUUAAAAUCAUCUCACAAUUAAAAUUAUGCGGAGAAAAUAUCAGUGACCAUGAUAUGUUGGAGAAAACAUUUUCCACUAUCCCUGCCUCGAGUAUGCUCUUGCAGCAGCAAUACCGAGAAAUGGGAUUUAAAAAAUAUUCAGAAUUAAUUUCACAUCUCCUUGUUGAUGAACAACAUAAUGACUUACUAAUGAAAAAUCAUGAAAGUCGACCUACUGGUUCUAUGCCAUUUCCUGAAGUAAAUACGACAAAUUUUCACCAAUCUAAGCGUGGAAAAGGUUGUGGCCCCAGUCGUGGCCUUGGCCGUGGUCGAGGAAGAAAUCUCAAUCAUGGUGAUCGUCUUGCACUAAAUAAUAACCUUCACCACUAG